GAGAUUCCUUCAUGUUCUUGCCUACAGCAAGAUCAAGCAAACAGUUCAGACACCUGAAAGGGGGCCGGCCGGUAGAAGCAGGAACAGACCUACUUGACCUAGUCAGCCCUUUCUGAUGGUAGUCCCCCACGCUCCAUCCAGAUUCUGAGGGCAACCUUAUGCGCCCCCAAACUUCCUGUAGAACGCUGGCGGACUUCGUGCUGCCCAAACUUCCCUCAGGGUGGCACCUGGAAGAGCGAGUGACUUAAAACGAACUAGGCUAGGCGUGCUGCCACUGCUCAGAAGCAGCUGUUGUACUCGUCUGAAAUAAAAAGGUCUCUGUCUGCAAAUCCCGUUUGCUCGCCCGGUAAUCCUCCCCCGCCCCCAGCCUUGCGAGUCUGACCCAUACAGCUGUUUUUAAUCCCUACUUUUCUCACUUGGCGUCCCAGGCUCGGACUGACCAGACGCGGAGCCACUUAGCGUUUCCUCCUCCCGCUGCCAGGGUCUAUCCUCCCUCCUCCGUCUCCUCUUUCUCCGCCUGCGUCCCCGGGGGCAGAGUGUGGGAAGAACGAAUUUCCGCCUGGUUUGCUAGCUACUCGCUGACUUGGGUCUCUUCCGGACGCGGCCUGGGCGUCCCCCGGGCUAUUCCACGGGGGCCGCGCUCCGGAUCCGGGACCCAGAGCAAGGAGGCUCCGGCUGCUGGGGGCGAGCCGCCGGGGCCCAGCGGCCAAGACGCGCCGCGAGAAUCUCUUGGAAGGGCUCCCGCCUGCAGCUGGGGAAUCCGCUCGGCGGGGAGAAUCCGCGCCAGGGAAUCCAGCUCUCCCGACUCCGCUACAAACAAAAAGCGCCAGGUCUUGCUCCCUCCUCCGCCCCCCGAAGCGCACUCGGAGAAGCAAUUUUCUGCAGAAAUGCAACAAGUAUCACCCGAGGCUCCCAGAGCGCCCUGCGCCGCCUGACUUGGCCGGGCGAAGCCCGCCUUUAAGACCCGGGCCAGCCACCGGACAAAGGGCGGAGGAGGGGCUGGACCGCGCAGCGAAGUCCGAAAGAGGCCAUUUAGCGACUCUGGCCAGGCCAAGGGGAAUGCAGAUGAGACACAGAGCCAGUAGGCCAAGAGGACGAUCCGGCCGCAGCACGCAGGGCGGGUGGCUAUGGAGGCUGCCCGGGCCGUGCGCUUUCUGCUGGUGGUGUGCGGCUGCUUUGCGUUCCCGCCACGAGUCGAACCCGUGUGCCCGGAGCGCUGCGACUGCCAGCACCCCCAGCAUCUCCUGUGUACCAACAGGGGGCUCCGCGCUGUGCCCAAAACCAGCUCACUGCCAAGCCCACACGACGUGCUCACUUACAGCCUCGGAGGCAACUUCAUAACCAACAUCACUGCCUUCGACUUCCACCGCCUGGGGCAGCUCAGACGGCUGGACUUGCAGUACAACCAGAUCCGCUCUCUCCACCCCAAGACCUUCGAGAAGCUCUCGCGACUGGAGGAGCUCUACCUGGGGAACAACCUCCUGCAGACGCUCGCCCCGGGCACACUGGGCCCGCUGCGCAAGCUGCGCAUCCUCUAUGCCAAUGGGAACGAGAUCGGCCGCCUCAGCCGGGGCUCCUUCGAGGGCCUGGAGAGUCUUGUCAAGCUGCGGCUGGACGGAAACGCCCUGGUGGCGCUGCCGGACGCAGUCUUCGCCCCUCUGGGCAACUUACUCUAUCUACAUCUGGAAUCCAACCGGAUCCGCUUUUUGGGCAAGAACGCCUUCGCCCAGUUGGGCAAGCUGCGGUUCCUCAACCUCUCUGCCAACCAGUUGCAGCCCUCCCUGCGCCAUGCGGCCACCUUCGCACCGCUCCGCUCACUGGCCACCCUCAUCCUGUCCGCUAACAGCCUGCAACACCUUGGGCCGCGCGUCUUCCAGCACCUGCCACGCCUAGGCCUACUCUCUCUCAGGGGCAACCAGCUCUCACACCUCGCUCCAGAGGCCUUUUGGGGUUUGGAGGCCCUGCGCGAGUUGCGCCUGGAGGGCAACAGGCUGAGCCAGCUGCCCGCGGCGCUGCUGGAGCCUCUGCACAGCCUGGAGGCGCUGGAUCUGAGUGGCAACGAACUGUCCGCCCUGCACCCCGCCACCUUUGGCCGCCUGGGCCGGUUGCGCGAGCUCAGCCUGCGCGACAAUGCCCUCAGUGCUCUCUCCGGGGACGUCUUCGCCGCCAGUCCAGCCCUUUACCGGCUGGAUCUAGACGGUAAUGGCUGGACCUGCGACUGCCGGCUGCGGGGCCUGAAGCGCUGGAUGGGCGACUGGCAUUCGCAGGGCCGACUCCUCACUGUCUUCGUGCAGUGUCGCCAUCCCCCAGCCCUGCGGGGCAAAUACCUGGACUAUCUGGAUGACCAGCAGCUGCAAAACGGGUCUUGCGUGGAUCCGUCGCCUUCAGCUUCCCCGACCACCGAAGGCAGACGACGACUCCUACCCACAUACGCGGGGGAGAUGACGCCUCCUGCAGAUAGUCUCACAGAGGAGCUGCUGCCGCAGCCUCAGUCCCAGCAGCGGGGACGAUCUCUAACCGGGGUGGCCUUGGAUAGAGCCACCAGGGGGUUCGCGGGCAAUAGGAGCGCCCUCAAGCUGAGCAGGUGGGGUCCUGGCCACCAGCAGCCCGGCCCCUCCGUGCCUGCCGCCGCGGGCCUGGGUCCACAUCCCCUGGACCUACACCAGAAGCCCAAGCUGGGACGUCCGACCCUGGCCGAUCCCGCCCACGUGGAGCCCACCACAUCGGCCGCACACGGCUCUGCGACAUCGCCCGCCCACGAGCCCUGGCAGCGCAUAGAAAAGCAGCGCCUGGCCGCAGAACAGCAGGACAGUGCCGCUCGGUCCGACAGCGGGGUGGGUUUGCCGCCACUGGUGUCCGACCCUUGCGACUUCAAUAAAUUCAUCCUGUGCAACCUGACCGUGGAGGCGGUGGGCGCCGACAGCGCCUCAGUGCGCUGGGCGGUGCGCGAGCACCGCAGUCUCCCGCCGCUGGGCGGCGCGCGCUUCCGCCUGCUCUUCGACCGCUUUGGCCAGCAGCCUAAGUUCCACCGCUUUGUCUACCUGCCCGAGCGCAGCGACUCAGCUACGCUCCGCGAACUGCGCGGAGACACCCCCUACCUGGUGUGCGUGGAGGGCGUGCUCGGGGGCAGGGUCUGCCCGGUGGCCCCUAGGGACCACUGCGCGGGGUUGGUCACCCUGCCAGAGGCCGGAAGCCGGGGCAGCAUCGACUACCAGCUGUUGACCUUGGCCCUGCUGACUGUCAACGCGCUCUUGGUGCUCCUGGCCUUGGCUGCCUGGGCGUCUCGCUGGCUGCGGAGGAAGCUGCGAGCCAGGCGGAAGGGUGGGGCCCCGGUCCACGUUCGCCACAUGUACUCCACCCGACGGCCCCUGCGCUCCAUGGGCACCGGUGUGUCCGCAGACUUCUCGGGAUUCCAGUCGCACCGGCCGCGCACUACUGUGUGCGCGCUCAGCGAGGCAGACCUCAUUGAGUUUCCCUGCGACCGCUUCAUGGACAGUGCUGGUGGCGGUGCCGGCGGCAGCUUGAGGCGGGAGGACCAUCUCCUACAGCGAUUUGCAGACUAGGUCCAGGGCUUCCUCGCGUAUAGUGACCAGUUCACUGGCCUUGAGGAACCAUCUCUCCCCACCUUUUGUUAACUUCACUGAGAGGCCAUAGGGGACAGAGGGCCAAUUCAGGAACCAAAUCCUAAUUCUCAGUACUUACUGAUGAAAUAAAUGGAUAGUACUUGGUGGCCUGGAAAAAGGGGCACGUGAUUGGUAGUGUGCUGGGGUUGGAGAACUUGGCAUAGCUGUGGAUUUUUGUAGCGUUGCAGUGCAAUAGCCUGUUCUCUUCUGGGGUAGCAAAGGGUGCUUGUGCCCCCAACAUGGCCUGAAAGAGGUUUGGGUGCAUGCUUUUUGUUUGUUCAGUGUCAAACAGAGGGAUUUUGUUUCUAUUUAAGGAAAAAGGAACUUAUUACUAUUACAAAGGAGGCUUGGCAACUGACUCCACUUGGUGGUCUCUGCCAAAAAGCGAUAUAAACAGGUGGUAAAGUUUAACACACUCGCCAAGGAACUCAUUUAUGUUGGCUGAUAGAGUAUUCAAGAUACCUUAAAGUUUAAAUAAUGAGAUGCAAUUCUUUUUCAACAAUGUGAAGAGCUCUAACAUUUAACAAACUGACCCAUAAACUCAAGGAUUGUUUUAGUUGGACUGGGCUGUUCAACUAUUUUCCUUUUAACAUUAACAGUACAGGAACAUUUGCUGACUUUGAGAAUAACUAAGAUUACAUACUUUGUCAGGAGAAGGCUGCAUGCAAGACUUCUCUGUCAGAGUUGCUCCUGUGGUUUUAUAAUUUUAUUUUUUUAAACUUAUAUAUGGAAAAGGAAAUUUCAAUGCCAGAUUUGAUUAAAGAAUGUAUAUGUAACUGAUGACCCUCUAGGGAACUCCAGCGUUUUAGUUCACUUACCACAUCUGUGACAGUGUGUUUAGAUUGUAAUAAAUGUGAUUGUGGUACUUCUUACAUUUUUAUCAGUGACACACAGUUGACUGUGCCCUGAUUCACUUAGGUUGCAGAUAAGUGAUAAAGAUAAUUUCCUAAAAGGGAAACAAAAGGUGAUUAUUAGCUAAUAGUAUAAUGUUUGAUCACAUUAGUGUCUUUCUGUAUAGGAUGGAGUAGAGAGGAAGAAAUUAUGGAAAACAAAUGUGAAAAAAAGUAUGUCUGUGGGCAUCUUUUCUACUAAAACUAGAAGAUUGUUAUGUGUACUUAAAUCUCACUGUGAAAUAAUUAUAUAUUUUGCAAUUAAUCCCUCCACAACCUAGUGUUUUACUAUGUUAUUAAAUCUUUUAGCUAAUUUUUGCAGUAUUUCUUUUAAAUGUUUUUGUUUUAAAUGUAGGGCUAGGCUGCUUUAUUUGUUCAGUCAUUUUCAACUAUUUAGGAUGCUUUUUGUUCCCUGAUAUUUACGAAGUACAUGUUAAUCACUAAAUGUAGUUGUUUGGUUUACAUUACUUUAUGUAUAAUCUAAAAAUGCAGUCACUAAGAAGGUGGAAACUGUGGUUCUGUUCACUGUGCUUAUGGAUUUAUUGGCAGUGGGGUAUCGUGGAGGCCAUGACAGUGGUGCUAAGGCUAACAGCAAAUCUUCUAUUUAGGGCCUUAAGCCCCUGAGGGUCCUGAUGACUCAGGGAAUCCAGCACAACCAGGGGUCCUUCACCCCAGUUCACUGCUUUUAUGUUUGGCCUAGAGUAGGGACCUAAGGAUCUAAAUGAGCUGAUUUUUGUUUAUGUUCAGAUGAAUAAAUGUCCAGACCACUUAAACUACAGCUGCUGUACUGGCAGUCUUAUCUGUGGGGCCAAAACUUAAUAAACCAUAGGAAAUAGACUGUCAUUCCUAGUUUGCUGCUAGGCUUGUUUUAGAUUCAGAGGUCAUUGCUCCAGGUGGAGUUAUUGACUCUUAUUUUCAACCUAUAGGUUUCAAUCUGGCACCUUUUGUUCUUGAUUGCAAGAUUGCAUCUCUUAGCCAUUUCUUUUGUACAGCAAGAUAAUUGAGUCCCAUUGCAAUUCUGGAAAAGGUUUCUGGUUCUGCCCAUCACCCACCUUUUCAACUUGUGGAACAUUGCUGAAAAUGCUUAAUGCUUGGAUCUAAGUUCUACUUAUAACACCCACCUUUUCAACUUGUGGAACAUUGCUGAAAAUGCUUAAUGCUUGGAUCUAAGUUCUACUUAUAACACCCACCUUUUCAACUUGUGGAACAUUGCUGAAAAUGCUUAAUGCUUGGAUCUAAGUUCUACUUAUAACACCCACCUUUUCAACUUGUGGAACAUUGCUGAAAAUGCUUAAUGCUUGGAUCUAAGUUCUACUUAUAACAGUUUCACUGAAAAAUCUUUCAGUGGGAAAUGAAUAAAUGUUAUACAUUGUUCAGUUAUGUCAAUAAACCCACUUACUAAUA